AUGCUGUACCGAGGAAAUCUAUUUCUUUUGAUAUUUUUAACGUCCUUGGUACAAGCAUGUUGGGGAAGGGAUGACGUGACAGCGGAAAAUAUGACAUCAUUGAGGAAGUAUUUACUGCGGGACUACGACCCUUAUUUACGACCCCGAAAAAUCCAAGCUGAUCCAUUGAUCAUUAACGCUUCGUUUUUCGUCCAUCGCUUUAAUGAUAUCAAUGAAAAGGAAGAAAGUAUUUCUUUGCUCGGAUACCUCAGGAUUUCUUGGAAUGAUGAAUUCCUGGUCUGGAACAAACAAGAACAUUCCAAUAUAAGUACCAUAGAGUUUAAAACAAACGAUAUUUGGUGGCCCACGAUUGCUUUAGGGAAUCCUGUCGGAGAGUUUGAGACUUUUCAGAAUCCUUUCAAGAUUUUUCGCGUCUCAUCUUCUGGUGAUAUUGAGUGGUAUCCUGCCGGGUUAUAUUCAGUUACGUGUGAGCUGAAUCUUAAAAAGUACCCUUUUGAUGAACAAACAUGUGAUUUCAUGUUCGUGGCAAUUGGAUACUCUCCCGAUGCCGUAAUAAUCAAUGCAGAACUUAGCAAUCUUCAGAAUCGUGAAACAACCGAGUGGAAAGUUGAGGCCGGCAGAGUUUCCAGUAUGCCUUACGGAAAGACCGGUCUGACUGCUAGCUUCACAUUACAAAGAAAACCGUAUUUUGUGGUAUUGACGGUCUUGUUGCCACUCUCUUUGCUGUCUGUGAUGAAUUUGUUUGUCAUUCUAAUUCCUGUGGAGUCUGGCGAGAAAAUAUCUUUCGCAAUCACCACAUUUCUGGCCUACUCGAUUUAUCUCUCGGCCAUUGGAUCCUCUCUCCCUGCCAAAGACAAUGUAUACAUGGUGGUAUACAUAGAAAUACUGAUGGUUCUUAGUGUUAUUAUGAUGGUAUCGGUCAUUGUUCAAACCAGACUCUUCUUUUAUUAUGGUGAACAUCAUCUGCCUUGUUUUAUUGGAAACACAAUUUCAGAGAAAAUCUUGAUAACAAAUAAAGGUGACGUUAAAAACAUGCUCUCUAUGGAAACUUCAAAACCAUUGAAAAGAAGAACAUGGGCAAACAGUGUGAUGAUUAUUGAUAAGGUUCUUUUCAUCUCUUUUUCCUGUGUUUUAGGGUCAGUCAGUAUCUAUUAUUUUGAUUUGAUGAUGGCCAAAUCGUAAAAAUAAAUAAAAUCAUGCGGGAGGACUUUUUGUCCUUU